GGGCGCGUGAUUCGCUCCUCGCCGGCGGGGGAGGGGGCCUUUCUCCCUGGCUGUCGGCCUCUAGUGACGUCAUGCUGGCGGCGGCGGGAAACUUUCGAACGCGCGGAGGGAGUGAGCUGGUGGCCCCGCGCGCGCCCGGGACAGGCUGUAUAAAGAUAUGAAUAUUUGCAGAAUAAGCUGUUGAAUGACUGUUUUGCUGAAGCGAUGACUUCUCAAGAAUUUACUGUAUUGUACACUCACCAAAAAAUGAAAAAAUCAAAAACGUGGCAAGAUGGAAUUCUGAGGAUUAGAACUGGAGGAAAUAAGGCAAUCUUGUUUGAUGAUAAAGCACAAUGUUUGGAGAGCAUAUUUAUAAAAUCUCAGGUGAACGCUGGAGAUAAUUUAGAAAGUGAACGUUAUUUGAUCACUGUUGAAGCAGUAAAGCUGAAUGAAAAAUCUUCUGAAGAUCAGCCAAGGAAGGCAGAAACUACAGCAGUGAAUAGAAAUGUCAUAAAGCCUGGUGGUCUGCCUCUAAGGCACCUGCCUGUUGGGUUGAAAAGGAAGUUUACAGGUUUCCAAGGGCCACGCCAAGUUGAAAAGAAAAUACCAACAAAGGAAGAUGAAGAAAAAGCAACAAUAUUGCCUUUAUCUAAGCAGUGUCAGGGUUCUUUUCCAUCUAAGUUUUAUAUCACCUCUCCCUUAUUUUCUACGAUUUGCAAGAAGGAUGCAGACACAAAUUUGUCUACCAACUUCCAUGAAGAUGUAUAUACAAACAAUGAUAAAGAACAUGAGUCUUUCACCUCACUGGUUUCCGCUCCAUUUCUUGAUAUAUGUAAAGAGACAGAGAAGAGGAACUCUGAUCAGUCUGUUGUGAAGCCAGAACAUCCUCUAAUUACAGAGCACACCAAAACAAGCAGUCAUGUGGCAGUGUCACAGAACAUCAGGAGCACGGCACAGAUAAUAGCUCUUUUGAAGUCUAAACCAGCACAGCUAUGCAGAGAGCAAGCAACUUCUGACAUCACAGGAUGUCAUUCGAGGUUUCAGACAUCAGAAAACGUAGAUAGUUUCCAUGACCGAAAGAGCAUAACCCUACCUGGCUUUUCAGGCAACCCUGACAAAGGACUUACUCAAAAUAUUCAGCACCAACAUUUUACAAAGGAAACUGGAAGUGAUAAAAGGGAAUGGAAUGCUGAAAUGCUGCUAAGUUCUGCUGAACAACCUUGUGAUAAAGAAGUUGCAGGACAAAGGCACGACAGAAAGGCAAAUAACUUAAGUCAAGAUUUACAAGAUCCCUGCAGUACAAAGACUUUGCAUCCUGAAAAAAUGUGUGCCUGUAUGAAUUUAACAGACAGCAAAGGGCAAUGCACUCUGGUUUGUGAAAGAUAUCGAGAACCCUCAUUCUCUAGAAGUGAAGGGGUACCUAAACCGUUAUCAAUUAACAGAUGCGCUGCCAAUGACCAACCAAAUAGUUGCAUCCUAUCUGAAUCCAGCAUAAGUAAAAUGAACAGCAGUGAAUUUGUGUCAUCCUUAAGUGAUAUUUCUUUUUCAGCAAGUCCAGCUGAGUCCAUCGCCCCUGAGACAAAUCCCUCCACAUGCAGAGAGCAUUCAGUGGCCAAUGGUCUUAUAGAGGAUUCAUCUGUAAAGUCACAAAAUGAACUCCAGCCAAGACGAAAUUCAGAAACAGUGUCUAGUGACUUGGAGCUCUCUGCAGAUGUAGUAUUGACUGGACUUGAAGUUGUAAAAGAGGAAUUAGGUACACAUGGCAGAGACAGUGGUCCAGAUGAACAGGUGAUGGAGAUUAACUUCAAUUUAUUGGAGGCUUUUGAUUUUAAUGACACAGACAAUAAAGACCUGUGUGAAAGAGAUGUGAAAGAGCUUGUUGAAGGAGACAUGCUUUCACAAGGUCCAGCUUGCUUAAAGGGAAAAGAUGCAGCACAAACUGUUGAGUUGAGACUUCAUUCUUCCUGUGAAGUAAUGUCACGCAGCAAAAAAGAAGUCAAAGGUUUAAUAUUUGAUGGAGAGAAUGAUAGAAAUCGCUCUACAGGAGGUAUACCAUUGCUGCUUUGUGACAACAAUGUUGGCAACAUUUGGAGAACUGCCGAAGACUCUGUAAGCCCCACCAGAAUUGAAAUGGAACUUUUGGAUGAUAGAAACAAAAUAAAAGAGACUAGUGAAAGUCGAUUAAAUAUUGAAGCUAGCACCUGUAAGAAGGAUCUUGAUGACUGUGCAGCAAAUACCAUUAAUGAGGGGUUGAUAAAAAGCAAGGACUCUGAUCUUUUGCCUAGUGGCACAAAUAUUAAUGAAGGUCAUGCUGAAACCAAUAUAUUUGAGAAAACUGAAAGUAAUUCAUGUAUUUCUAGCAGCAGAAUGAUUUCUGCAAUGGACAAAAGAACUGCAGAGGAAGUGUUACCGCUUGGAUGUACAAAAUCCCAGUACAUAGAUUUAGAACAUUUCCAGGGUACUAGUAAUGAUGGCAUUAAACCAGGUAGUCCUUUCCCAGCUUUUUUGCAAAAAUCUGAUACUUCUUGUGGCUCAUUCGAAUAUAUUGUAGAGGAUCAGCAAAAUGUAUUUGACAUUUCAUAUAAGGAAGAUACUAUAAUUUCCAGAAGUGCUAUCUAUCUUUUAGGAAAAGGCCAUUCAUCUUCAGAGGAAACAGAAAUAGGUGAAACUGAGUUUGAAAAUAUAGAGAGCAUAAAUUCCCUUCAUGAAGCCUGCGAAGGUGAAAGAAUAGGAAUGGAUUGCGUGAAAUGCACAGCAUUUGUUGAAAAUUCAUCAGAACUUCCUGAUUUGGUAAACAAUAUCGCUCUUUUAAGAGCUUUGACUGAACAUAGCACAGCAUUAGAAAGCUUACAAAAGAUACAGGAAAAUAGUAGCUUAUUAUAUGAAGCAGAGACUUCUAAAGAGAUAUUUGAACCCCUUGUAAGAGACAAAGCUAUAAAACAAUUAACAGAAAUGUCUUACUCAGGAAGUAGAGAGCUAUCUUCUUGUUCAUACUUGGAUUCUUCUGGCCUUACGCCCCUCUGUGUGGACAACAUAUUACAGAAACCCAAACCAUCUAUUCUGCCAGCAGCACCAGGCCAAGGAGACUGUAGGACUUUUGACUGCCAGCCAAAGUCUCCACAUGCAAGAAAUUUUCAUGAAGAUGAUACCAAUUUUACUGCAGAAGGGAAUUUUCAAAAGAAGUCUAACAUUAUUAAAGAGUCAAUAAUGGAUGAAACUCCAUUGGCACUGGGUAUAUAUUCUGAAAUUCCGAAACGGAUAAUGUCAGGCUCACUUUCACAUUCUGAUUUGGUGCAAACGCAGUGGACUUCAUGGGAACCUUCCAAGAUGAUUUCAUCAGUACCACCAGCUUCCUCACUUAAUCCAGACUCUCCGAUUUGUCCACCUUCAAGAAAUGAGGAAACUAUUGAAGACAUCCAAGAGCCUCUGAUAGACAGGAUCAUACCAAUUGGCACAGAACCUUCAGAAUGCUUCUUCACAUGGGAGGAAUCCAGCUAUCCAGAACAAUGCAACCUCUCAAGAUUCAAACCCACUGUUAAAACACGAGCUCCACUUGUCACUGUUCCUGCCACUGGGAAGAUUCCUGACGCAGAAGUUUAUCUGACUGACUGUGAUGCGGUUCAGCAAUCUGUUGGCUCUUCAGUAGUCAAUUUACGCAACAAGUCAGCAGUGUUUCCUAUCAGUGCUUUUGGCCCCGAGGACAGGAAUUAUGAAACCUCUGUGUUUGAAGAGCAUACGGAAGACGGACAAAGGGAGUCUAUACAACCAAUGUCUCCUAAUGUGACUUCACAAUAUAGACAAAGCAAGUGGCUAAAAUACCAAAACAGUGCUCAGUGUGACUUGAUAUCUCAAAACAGCGAUGAUGUGGAAGUGACUGAAGACAUCUGGGCUGAGAACAUCCUUGGAAUGCCACUGGGUGACACAGGAGAGAGCCAGAGCAGUGCUAUGAAUAAAAACCCUCCUGGCUCUGUCUGUCUGCGGAUGGCAAAGAGCAUGGUUGGUAAACGUUGUGCAAAUAGCAAGAACAGAGAUUUAAUUUCAGAGAGGAAGUUACUUUCUCUGCACUUAAGUCAGGCUCCUUUAGCUGAAGCAACACAAAAGGUGUUAAGCCAUCUGAGCUGCCACACUGUAACAGGAGAAGUCCAGGACUUAACAGUUUCUGAGUUGUCCUUUCCUAAUGUGGAUAAGGUAAAAUAUGCUAAUGUUCCUAAAAGGAAGAUUGCCAUACCGACUGUUUUUCAGUCUCAUGUUCAUUACAAACAGAUUUUUACAGCUGCUUUAACAGAGCAUUUAAACAUAAUUCUAUUUGAGCUGUCACAAAGAUUACACAAGGCUCUUUCAAAAGUGGAUAUAUCAUUUUACACUUCAUUGAAAGAUGGGCAAAGUGGGAGCAAAGAAAGCCGUGUUCCACUGUGUGAUCACAUGCUUCCUGCUAAGCUUGUUGUCGUUAAAAAAGAAGGUCAGAACAAGGGUCGUUUGUUCUAUACCUGUGAUGCCCCAAAAGCUGAGCAGUGUUCAUUUUUCAAGUGGAUAGAAGAGGUGAAUCCAGGACAGAUAAAAUCCAGACCCGGUAUAGUGCUUCAUGAUGUAAAAAGUAUUGGGGCGUACCUCAGAAGUCAGAAGAUUUCUUUCUAUGAGGGAUGCCAGCUUUUGGUGAGGAAAGCCUUUGAAAUUCAAACAAAACAGUUUAAUAAGUUAAAGAAAUUUAUGAAUACACGUGCCAAAUUCGAUGGUGAUUCCAAAAGCAAAUUAUACCUCAAACUGAGCAGAAAGGAGCAUUCUUCUGUCUACAGUAAAGAUGAUAUUUGGGUUGUUUCGAAGACUCUAAACUUUGAUCCCCUUGAUACUUUCAUUGCAAGUAGUGCUUUCUUUGGACCGUCAUCUAACAACGAAGUAGAAUUACUACCCCUGAAAGGCUAUUGUCCCUCAAACUGGCAAACAAAUAUGCUUGUUCAUGCCUUGCUAGUUUGUAAUGCUAGUGGUGAGCUUACGUCUUUAAGAAAUAUGGAGGAGUACUUCAAUCCACUUACGCUACCACUAAUACCGUAUCUACUAAAGAUGAAUUUUGAUUCUGAAAAGGCUACUAAGAAAGUCAACAAAAGAAGAUUUAUUCCCCCAGCGUCAAACCUGAAAUGCACAAUGAUGUAUGGACUUGUCAGCCCUGAAAUAACAAUGGCACUAGCCAGGAAGAUGAUCCAAACGUUCUCAUUGAACCCAGAUCAAGCUACGUCAUUGAUCCAGAUAGCUGGGAUGAUGACUUCGCAUGAAAAUGUCAAACCAGUGGAAGAACAGCAGAUCUUCCCUAUCACAAUCAUACAUGGUGUUUUUGGAGCUGGAAAGAGCUAUUUGCUGUCUGUUGUAAUCUUGUUCCUAGUACAGCUCUUUGAAAGCAGUGAAGCAAAGGAUGGCCAAAGGCCAGUUCCAUGGAAACUUCUGAUUGCUUCCUCCACUAAUGUUGCCGUUGACAGGAUACUGCUUGGUCUACUUGAUCUUGGAUUUGAGAGUUUUAUCCGAGUGGGAAGUAUUAGGAAAAUUGCCAAACCAAUUCUUCCCUAUAGUUUACAUGCUGGCUCAGGAAAUGAAAAUGAACAAUUGAAAGAACUGCUUGCUCUCAUGAAGGAAGAUUUAACUCCAGUUGAAAGAAUCUAUGUGAGGAAGAGUAUUGAGCAACAUAAACUAGGGACCAACAAAGCUAUAUUGCAACAGGUAAAAGUGGUUGGAGUGACCUGUGCUGCCUGCCCAUUCUCUUGUAUGAAUACCCUUAAAUUUCCUGUGGUGGUGCUGGAUGAGUGCAGUCAGAUGACUGAACCUGCUUCUCUCCUUCCUAUUGCCAGGUUUCAAUGUGAAAAGCUGGUCCUUGUUGGAGAUCCUAAGCAAUUACCACCAACUAUUCAAGGGUCUGAUAGUGUUCAUGAAAAGGGAUUGGAGCAGACUCUGUUUGAUCGGCUUUCCUUAAUGGGGCAUAAAGCAAUACUGCUUCGGACACAGUACCGAUGUCACCCUGCUAUCAGUGCUAUAGCCAAUGAGCUGUUUUAUGAAGGAAUUCUGAUAAAUGGUGUUUCAGAGGAAGACAGAAGUCCUUUACUGGAUUGGCUUCCAACACUAUGUUUUUAUAGUGUUAGUGGGAUGGAGCAAAUUGAAAGAGACAACAGCUUUUAUAAUAUGGCAGAAGCUCAUUUUACAGUCAAGCUUAUCCAGUGUCUGAUUGCAAGUGGAGUAGAAGGAUCUGCAAUUGGUGUGAUUACUCUUUAUAAAUCACAGAUGUGUAAGAUUCAGAAUUUGCUUAGUGGUGUACACUCUGAAGCUCUUGAAAUUAAAGCUGUCCAAGUGUCCACUGUAGAUGCAUUCCAAGGAGCUGAGAAGGAGAUCAUUGUUUUGUCGUGUGUAAGAACAAGACAGGUUGGAUUCAUAGAUUCAGAAAAGCGAAUGAAUGUUGCACUGACAAGAGCAAAGAGGCAUUUGCUGAUUGUUGGAAAUCUGGCCUGCUUAAGUAAGAACAGACUGUGGGGAAGAGUAAUUCAUCACUGCAAAGGUUGGGAAAAUGGAUUACAACAUGUAAGCCAGUGUGAGCAGCAGCUAAACAACAUUCUUAAGUGUUAUUCGGAGAAAAAUAAUGAAGAAAAGGAUAAGAAAAAGGAAAAUUAAAAUGUGUGCAUAUUUUUAUUUAUUAAAAAAUACAAAAUGUGUGUCUAUAAAGAUCACUAGGGCUCUUCAAGCAAAUGUAAGAUUUGUUUCAUGUGGGAUAAUUAAUUUUGUUUAUACUUCAGUGUGCUGAUACUCCUGUGUUAACCCUCUGUUUAUAUGGCUACAGACAAAGAAUAAAGUUAUUGCAUCUGCUUGAUAACUGAAUCCUUUUAUAGUUAAGUUAUUAUACCUGAUCGUAUUAUUCAUGUUUCAUUAUACUUCAGGUUAGAUAUAGACCUAACAGCGUAUCUUAAAACAAUUUUGUGAUAUUCUGUAUUUACACAUCAGAGAACCUUACAUCUAGAAGCAUGAUUAAAAAGGGACUAAUAAAAAAAAAAAAAAGGAG